CUUCCAGCCCUCUGCCCGUCCCAGAUAGCCAUUUCUGACCGUCACACUGAAACAUUACCUGAUCCUCAAAAGGAGAGCCUCAUUAACCUGGCAACCCACCCAAUUAAGAGCCAGAUGGCGCUUUUGGCCAAUCAGAUAAUGGAUGCCAGAAUUCUGAGCAGCAUGAAUGGAAGAGUGGAGCUUCCCCAAUUCAUGCGCGUCGCCAACCAGAGCAUAGUCACGCAGGCGAGCUCUGGCCACGAAGACACCCACAAGAACCGGAAGUACCCCUGUCCACUGUGUGGGAAGCGCUUUCGCUUCAACAGCAUCCUGUCGCUCCACAUGCGCACACACACAGGGGAGAAGCCCUUCAAAUGUCCUUACUGCGACCACCGGGCCGCGCAGAAGGGCAAUCUCAAGAUCCACCUCCGCACCCACAAGCAGGGCAUUGUGGGAAAAGGCCGCGGACGGAUCAGGGAGGAGAAUAGGUUGCUUCAUGAGCUUGAGGAGAGGGCGAUACUUAGGGACAGGCAGAUGAGAGGCAGCUACGUUGGCCAUCAGCAGGGAUCCCUCCUAGCCCAGCUGCAGAAGCCGCCUCUGCCACAGAACGCCCCCACACAAUCCCCGCAGCUCUCUCUCCCCCCCUCUGGGACAGGCGAGGGCCCGCCUCACACCUCCGUGCCUACCACGGGGACGAGCGUCCACAACGAGGCCAUGCAGCCCCACCCGACCGGCGGCUUCCGCUGCUCCUUCUGCAGAGGCAAGUUCAGGAAGCAGCAGGAGCUGGAGCGCCACAUCCGAAUCCUGCACAAGCCCUAUAAGUGCACCCUGUGCGAGUUCGCCGCCACCCACGAGGAGGAGCUGAUCGGCCACGUGGAGACGGCUCACAUCACGGCGGACUCGGCCCAGGGACAGAAGCCCGCCGUGGGGGGCGGUGACAAGGUGAAACCCGUGGGUGAAUUCCCUUGCGAGGUGUGCGGCCAGACCUUCAGCCAGGCCUGGUUCCUCAAAGGUCACAUGAGGAAGCACAAGGAGUCCUUCGAACACUGCUGUCAGAUCUGCGGCCGGCGCUUCAAAGAACCGUGGUUUCUGAAGAACCACAUGAAGGUCCACCUCAACAAGCUGGCAGCCAAGAGCAAGCUCUCUGCCGACCGCGAGAUGUCUGCGAAGCUGAGUAGCCUAGUGCAAGAGCCCCCCGCCAACCUGUACACCCAGUACAUCUCCAACAUACACAACAGGUUCCUGUCUGCAGACCGAGCAGAGCAGCAGGACUAUAACCCCGUCCUGGCCACAGCUGGCAUCGAGGUAAAGGUCAGGGAGAUGCUCGGGAGAAUGAUGGCCUCAUCACAGGCAGCCCUAGGCACCGAGGGAGAGGAGCGAUCUCUGCUCGAUAUGAAUCACGUGCGCCCACCGUUGGGUUUGAGCAGCAUGGAAUACCUUCAGAAGGCGAUGACCGAGGCAGACACCAUCAACGGCAGCGCAUACCCAGGCUGGCAGGUCAUGAACCCACCAGGCCAGGCAGUAGAGCCAGGGUUUGCGGCUAAUGAAGCAGCUUUGCAACAGCAACAGCAGCAGCAGAAGUGCUCCUACCUGGCGGAGAGGUGUCCUUCUGGGGAGGAGAAGAAAGUGUGUGUGAGAGAAAGCGAUGCUAGGGCCCCCCUCUGCAGGCCGCCCAGCCCGGGUAGCCUCCAGCAUCACGGAGCCACAGGGGUCCCCCCCGAGGCCAACUCAGCCAACCCUGUCAGGGAUCAGGAACAACAUCCACCGUGCUCAUCCCCAAUCGCAGGUGACAAGGCCUACAGGUGUCUGCUCCCUAGCGACUACCCUAGCACACAGCCGGCCUCGCUGGGCUUCCACCUGGAUCGCUACCCCUUUCCUCACUGGCCCAGCAGCCGGGACCUCCAGUCCCCGCCGCGGCCCAAUCCCGCCCCGCACUCCGCCAGCCCAAAGCCCAAGCCCGCCCCCAAGCCCAGACCCACGUCCAGGGAAAACUGGAGCCCGGCACCGACACACCACCAUGGGCCGGAGGGCCACGACGAAAGCCCCCCGCUCCACGCCAAGCGCCCCGACCACCUCGCCGGAGGUCUGGACCUCGCGGACGACUUCCGACGCGUCGGUGGCAAGUCUCAGCAGAACGAGCCUUUGGACCUGUCCGUCCGUCCGGAGAGCAGCAGCUGCUUCGCGGAUGGCCCUCUCGUCCACGGUAACGGACUCCCUUCAAGCAGCGGGGCCCGGCUGCAGAGCUACGCCGAGGGCCCGGCAGUGAUGCCCGCCUACCACACCGACCUCCUCGUACCGGCGGCCAAGGAGGACGCGUCGGAGCGACCCGGGCGUGACCGGGAGGGAGACGAGGGAGGGGAACAAGCAGAGUCUGAACAGUGGAGGAUGUUGAGGAACAGCGGGGGCGCGCAGCCCGAGGAGCGAGGCCAGAGGAAGGCUGACCUCCAGGGGGCCCACGCGGCCGCUCAGCCUCCCCAGCCCGGGGAGCUUCUGUGGGGCGGGGAGCAGCAGACCCAGUCCCCCAUCGCGUCUCUGGAGAAGUUCACCCCUGGGGCCGAUCAUUUGCUCCCACAGCACCGGAGCCUGCUCUCUGCCCUCAGGGGCCCCGGGGGGUCAAAGAACAUGGCCACUAAUGGGUACGGCUUCAGCUCUGUUGGUGAAGGAAUCCUGGAGACCGAAGCGGCAGCAGCGCGGAAGCCCUUCCAGUGCAGGUUCUGCCCCUACAGCGCCUCGCAGAAGGGGAACCUGAAGACCCACGUGGUGUGCGUCCACCGCAAGCCCUUCGACAACAGCCUCUACCCCGACCGCCGCCUGCGCCGCUCGCACCACGCCCACGCCCACCUGCGGCCCUCGCCCCCGCCCCCCCCGAGGGAGGCUUUUGGCGGUGUCUCCAAAGGACUGCUCAGCGUUCUGGCGGAGGUGUCAUGA